AUGUCAGAUUCCAAUGCAACUGACUUCACCAACCCCUCCACCUUCAUCCUGAUGGGCAUUCCUGGCCUGGAGGCAGCCCAUGUCUGGAUCUCCAUCCCCUUCUGCACCAUGUACAUCAUAGCCAUCUUGGGGAACUUUACCAUCCUGUUCAUUGUGAAGAUAGAACCGAGCCUCCAUGGACCCAUGUACUAUUUCCUCUGCAUGCUGGCUGUCUCCGACCUGGUCCUGUCUACAUCCAUCCUGCCCAAGACACUGAGCAUCUUUUGGUUCAAUUCCAGGGAAAUAGAUUUCAGUGCCUGCCUCACUCAGAUGUACUUCAUUCACUGCUUCCUAGCGAUGGAGUCUGGGAUCUUUGUGGCCAUGGCUUUGGAUCGUUACGUUGCAAUCUGUGAUCCCCUGAGAUAUUCUGCUAUCCUGACAAACCCCAUGGUGGCCAAGAUCAGUCUGGCUGUGGUGCUGCGUGGCUGCAUGCUCCUGUUGCCUGGUCCAUUCCUGGCAAGAUUCUUGCCAUAUUGCAGAACCAACAUCAUCCCCCACACACACUGUGAGCAGAUGGCUGUGGUGAAGCUGGCCUGCGCCGAUAUCCAUGUCACUAGUUACUAUGGCCUCUCUGUGUUAUUCUUUGUGACUGGUCUGGAUGUGCUUUUUAUCACUGUGUCCUAUAGUCAGAUCCUCAGGGCCAUCUUCAGCCUCCCCAUGAAGGACACCCGGCUUAAGACAUUUGCGACCUGCAGCUCCCACCUUUGUGCCAUAUUAGCCUUUUACAUCCCAGUUCUCUUCUCCUUCCUCACACAGAGGUUUGGCCAAAAUGUGGCCCUGUAUUUCCAUGUUCUCAUGGCCAACAUGUACAUCCUGGUGCCCCCCACACUAAACCCCAUCAUCUAUGGGGUGAGGACCAGACAGAUCCGGGACAGGCUGCUCCGGCUCUUUACUCAUAAAGGGACCUAA